GGCUGGUGACCUUCGAGGACGUGGCCGUGUACCUGAGCCGUGCGGAGUGGGACGCGCUUCAGGAGGGACAGCGGGAGCUGUACCAGGAUGUUGUGUCGGACACCUAUGAGCUCUUGUCAUCCCUGGGUUAUCCAGGCCCCAAACCCGACAUCCUACACCGGCUGGAGCGUGGGGAGGAGCCAUGGAUCUGCUCUCCACAGAGCCCAGCCCCGG